AUGUUUUUAUUUCCAAAAUCUGGUCUUGGACGAUUUCUUUUAUUAGUUAUUAUAAUAUCAACUCUAUCUUAUAUGGUACUUAACAUAGUUUCAUUUGCCGGAACUCCAUGGAUAACUACUAACGUUAAAAACAUUCAGUUUGGCCUUUGGAAAGUUUGUGAUAAAUCAACAAACGGAUCUUGUAACCAAUGGUCUGAUAGAGUAUAUAAUACAAAUACUACGAGAAAUGCUUUUUCAAGAGGAAAACCAAGUUAUAUUCGAACAAGUCAAGCAUUAGAAAUAAUAUAUUUAAUAUUUUGUGUAUUUGCUGCUGCUCUUAUUAUAAUUGGAAUAAUUAAUUUAGAUGGAUUACCAUAUAUCUUUAUGUUUCUUGGUGCUGCUGCACUUUUCAAGCGAACAAUUUCUGUUGUUGUUUUCUUUUUAAUGGUAUUUCUCUCAGCAACAUUAGGUGUAAUGUCUGUUCAAGGUCGUUCGAAUCGUAUAUCAGCAUUUCUUGACUGGGCAUGGUGGAAUGGGAUGGUUGGUCUCAUUAUGACUAUAAUCUGUUUUUUCGCAUUAAUUGCUUUAAUUCUUGAUAUGGAAUUCUCUCCAGUAAAUCGGCAAAUACCAAAAUUGAAAAAGUUAUUUAAAAAACAAGCAAUUUUUCAAUGCUUUAUUUUAUAUUUUUCUUUUCAUUUAAGAAAACCAAAGCAAACAGAUAUAUUUGUUGCUCAACAAACUGUGCUAUAUCCUAUGCCAAUGCCAGUAACAUUACCACCAAUAAUAGCACCAAAUACAUUCGUAACUCCACCAAUGAGCUAUGAAAAUUAUCACGGAUACAAUUAUCAAAAUACAAAUAAUUAUUUUUCUUUACCUGAAAAUAAUCUUCCAGUAGUUUAUAAUAAUUUUCCGAUUGCUGAGGAAGCAUAUGAGUGGAUGUGA